CACCAACAAACGCCGUGCCGCGACCACCCGGAGGAUGAGCGCCAUUGAUCUCAAUCCAAACUGCAGGGCACAAAGCAUGCUUUCUCACUGCAAAACCACUGCAGCCAAGCUCGUAAGCACGGCCAAGGAGGCGGCCCGAGUCACCCUCCCGCGUGCAUCGCCCAUUACAUUCGCGGCUCUCCACGGCGUUAACGAGAGCCGCCGUACCGUCGUCACCAUGAAUACGGUCGGUAUUGAUCGAGGUGAACUCGAAGCAAUAUUCGAGAGAAAGCGGUCUCUUCGGUCUAAGAUACGCAAACAGCUGAAAAACAUGGACCCUCUUCAGAGAGCUCAUGAGGACAGUGCAAUUCAGAAUAUUGUUUUAGAAUCUGCCUGGUUCAAAGCCAGUAAGAGUUUGUGUGCUUAUAUAAGUUCUGCUGCUCUGCGUGAAGUUGAUACCUCAAGAAUAGUCUCAGAAGUUCUGUCUGAUUACGCAAAAGAGGGGAAAAAGCUUUACAUUCCCCGAGUGGAGGACAAUAAUAGCAACAUGAAAAUGCUCAAGAUAUCAACUGUUGACGUUCUUACGGCGAGCUCAAUGAACAUAUUGGAACCUUCCUUGGAGGAUUCUAAUGGAAAUCACCAUGAAGAUGUUAUGCAGGCAAGUGAUCCUGUUGAUUUAGUCAUCCUUCCUGGCCUUGCUUUUGACAAAUCAGGAAGCCGUUUGGGGCGUAAUGGGGGAUACUAUGAUUCUUUCCUUAAGAAGUAUCAAGAACUCAUAGAAGAGAGGAAAUGGAAGCAGCCCCUCCUUGUGGCACUUUCAUAUUCCAUACAAAUUAUGGAGGAAGGAUCAAUACCCGUCACCCCCUGUGAUGUUCCUGUUGAUGCUCUUGUAUCUCCUGCUGGUUUCACUCCAAUAGGCUCAGCUGCCUUGAAGAAAAUGCAACUAAUGAACCUGGUCUCUUCGUAGAAUGGAGCAUGGGCCGAUCCUUUCUAGUACUGAAAUCUAACAUGGAAUUCUGGGAGGAAAUAGCAGUCAGAUCGGACGGCAAUGUUUAUAACACAUGUCCAUGAUAUGGGUGACUCUGGAAUUGACGUAGCAUGGAUAAGGGUAUUUUUCAUGCUUUCCGUCGAAGUAUUAAAAUGUAUGAUACUUGGAACCUGCAUCCUAUGCUCUGGAAAUUGCUUAAGAAGAAGAUUGCCUCAAGUCCCUGUCCUCGAGGCCGUGCUCCAUUAUAUUGCUUUUUCUACCCUCUGGAUCUGGGCGGCGUAAGCUACAGCUUACAAGUUUGCUAGAUGUCAAGUGUUUUCUGUGAAAAUUUCAGCAAUGACCAUCUGUACUUCUGUAGUUACCAUUUUAUUCUAUUUAAUUAACGAGGCUAAAACCU